CGCCCUCUCCUCUGCUGGCUCCACCUCUGGUUCCGUCCCCAAGCCAGGCCGGAGCAGGCCUGCGCACACUCGGUUUACUCCCUCGGCCUGCCCCACACCACCUGGCCGGGGCGAAACGCAAGGAGGUGGAGCCUUGGGGGCCGCCGAGCGACUCCGACCCUCUGACGGCGCUUCCCAUGGCUGACCCGGCUAGUUCCCGCUCGGUAGGCUCUAAGGCCCGGUCUGCCGGCGCCUACCGGAACGCUGCAGGUACUAAACAGUCAAAAGCCUUGAAACAAGAAGAUACUUCCAGAAGGAGAGCAGAAUUAGAAGCAGCUGCAAAAAAGAAGAUUGAGUUUGAAAGGAAAGCAUUACGUAUUGUUGAACAGCUUUUAGAAGAGAACGUUACAGAAGAAUUCCUAAAAGAGUGUGGGAAAUUCAUCACACCCGCUCACUAUAGCGAUGUUGUGGAUGAGCGUUCUAUCAUCAAACUCUGUGGUUAUCCUUUAUGUCAGAAGAAAUUGGGAACUAUACCAAAACAGAAAUACAAAAUUUCUACCAAAACCAAUAAAGUCUAUGAUAUUACUGAAAGAAAGUCUUUUUGCAGCAAUUUUUGUUACAGAGCAUCUAAGUUUUUUGAAACACAAAUUCCCAAAACUCCAGUGUGGGUUCGUGAAGAAGAGAGGCCUCCUGAUUUUCAGCUGCUAAAGGAAGGACAAAGUGGCCGUUCAGGAGAAGAAGUACAGUUACGCAGUGAAGCCAUUAAGACAUCAGAUAUCGACGGCUCUGGUCCUUUUGAAGCACAGCGUGAAUCUGCUUCUCCUAGCACUUGUAGUGAUAGUACCAGCGAUAAUGAACAAGACUUUGUUUCCUCUAUUCUACCAGGAAACAGACCAGAUGCAGCGGGUACAAGACCACAGCUGCACAAAAAAAGCAUAAUGAAAAAGAAAGCUGGUCAAAAAACGAACUCCAAACACAAAGAGCAGGCAGUGGUAGAUGUCACGGAGCAGUUAGGUAAUUGUAGAUUAGAUAAUCAGGAGAAAGCCACUGCUUGUGAACUUCCUUUAAAGAAAGUAAAUACUCAGAUUUCUUCACCUAGUCCUUUGUGUGAAAGAUUAAAAGCUUCUGAAAAUUCUGAAAAUAAAUACAAUAUGUCAGAAAUCACUUUUGUAGGCAUAAGUAAAAAAAGUGCUGAACAUUUUAAGAGCAAAUUUGCCAAAUCUAACCAAGUUUCUAGGUCAGCCUCUAGCUCAGUGCAGGUGCAUCCUGAAGUUGCAAAGGCAACCCUACUUAGAGCUCUAAAGGAGACUUUGAGUGAGUGGAAGACGGAAGAAACGUUGAAAGUUUUGUAUGGCCAGAAUUAUACUUCCGUGUGCCUGAAACCCUCUUUUGCCUCUGUGGUUAGUGAGGAGCUUGAUGAAGAUGACAUCAUUUAUGACCCAGGUAGUCAUUUUCCUGCUUUGAGGGAAUCUCAGAACAACCUAGAUGAGUCUCUACCUUUCAGAGACUCAGAUACAGCCAUUAAACCACUGCCAAGUUAUGAGAGCUUGAAAAAAGAAACUGAGACACUGAAUCUGAGGAUCAGGGAGUUUUAUAGAGGACGAUAUGUUUUAAAUGAAGAAACUACCAAAUCACAAGACCCAGAAGAGCAUGAUCCUACCUUUCCUCUCAUUGAUUCAAGUUCCCAGAGCCAGAUUAGAAAACGCAUUGUACUUGAAAAAUUGAGUAAAGUAUUGCCUGGGCUUUUGGGUCCUCUUCAGAUUACAGUAGGAGAUAUUUAUGCUGAACUUAAAAAUCUUGUUCGAACUUUCAGAUUAACAAAUAGAAAUAUUAUACACAAACCUGUGGAAUGGACUUUAAUUGCUAUGGUGUUGCUGUCAUUAUUGAUACCUAUUCUUGGCAUUCAGAAGCAGUCUCCAAACAAUGUGGUAUUCACACAGUUUUUAGCCACCCUGCUUACAGAACUACAUUUGAAGAGUGAAGAUCUUGAGAGUUUAACCAUUAUAUUUAGAACCAGCUGUUAGCCAGAGAGAUAUAACUCAGGAAGACAGAUGAUGAACUUCUCUACACUAGAACUGGGACUCCAGUCAAUGAUGGUCUGGUUAUGGGUGACUGGUGACUAGCUUUGUUCCCAGCAAUAUCUUUACCUUCUGAGUUUCAGCCCAUGAACUUGGAGUCCUAAGUGCAGGAAAUUACUUCCUCAGACACAGAAGAACCAUUACUCUGGCAGGAAUAAGCAAGCCCUGCCUCCCUAGCUACUAAACACAGGAUUUUUAUUUGAAAAGGAAAAUUGAAGUCUUAAAUUGAAACUUGAAUGCAUAUUCAAGAAAAUAUAAUGACCUCUAAUUUUUCUGGA